CAUCGUGCACAAACAGAUAGAUAUAUGUGACAAGUGAUACGUCAUGUGGUAUUUUAAUCGUUUAAAAAGUAUAACAAUUACAUUUUAUUGCGUUAACUUGAUAAAUAAUUUGUUAUCAUUACCAAUUGUAUUAUAUUAGUCAAUAAAAACGUGGCAGUAUUAGAUUUUUUUUUUAUUUAUAAAAAUUGAAAUUUUUAAUUCAAGUCAAAAGUAAAAGUACAUGACACUUGAACUAAAUGGAGCAGCAUAAGUAGUUGAUAAAAAAUUACAAUUCAUUAAUUAACAAUAACAAUAAUUGUUUUUUUAAAUUUCAAUUGAAAUAAACAAUUGAUAAAAUAUUGAAAAAUCCAUUUUUUGUGUGAAACACAAAUUCAAAUAUAAAUAAUCUAACAUAAUGAUGAGGUGACAUUUAAUUCUGCAAUGCGGAAAAAGUCAAUUGGUUUAUUGCUGAUAUCGUUAUUGGUAUGGGGUAUCAUUACAUACUUCCUUUUUCUUAGCCGGACAACUGCCAAUCGAGAUAAGAAUGUACUCUCGAAUCAGAUAAACAGUUUAAAAACUCAAGUUCAAAGGAGGAUUGCUGAUAAUCAGAUACUUUUAAAACGUCUAAUUGAAUUGCAACAAAAAAAAUUAGAUGAAUUGCAAGCAGCUACGACAGUGAACAAUUUACCUGAUGACUCAAUAAAUAAUUUAAAUAGCAGUUAUCUAGUGGGUUCGACUGUUAAAUUAAAAACAGAGGAAGAAAUAAAACGUGAAAAACUAAAAGCAUUAGCAGCUAAAAAAUCAUUAGGGAAAGACUUGCCUAUAAUUGCUGUACUUGUUAUUUCUUGUAACAGAAUAACUGUUGAAAGAUGUUUGAAUCAAUUAAUAAAAUUACGUACCAAUGCUGAACAAUUUCCGAUAAUUGUAUCACAGGAUUGUGAGCAUAAACAGACCGCAGAUAUUAUCAAGUCAUUUGGAGAUCAAGUUGUACAUAUACAACAACCAGAUCAAUCAGAUAUUGAUAUACCACUUCGAGAAAAAAAAUUCAAAGGUUAUUUUAAAAUAGCACGUCAUUAUGGUUGGGCAUUAAAUCAAAUUUUCUUUGAAUUUGGUUUUGAUACUACGAUUAUUGUUGAAGACGACUUGGAUGUGGCUCCAGAUUUUUAUGAAUAUUUUUUGGGAACUUAUCCUCUGUUAGUAGCCGAUAAAUCAUUAUGGUGCGUCUCAGCAUGGAAUGAUAAUGGUAAAUCUGGACUAGUUGACGAGACCGCAGCACAUUUGCUUUAUCGUACGGAUUUUUUUCCUGGUCUUGGUUGGAUGCUUACUAAAGAUUUGUGGCAAGAAUUAUCAGUAAAAUGGCCAAAAGCUUAUUGGGAUGAUUGGAUUCGUCAACCGGAGCAACGAAAAAAUAGAGCUUGCAUCAGACCAGAGCUUUCACGAACCAGAACGUUUGGAAAAGUUGGCGUCAGCAAUGGACUAUUUUAUGAAAAACAUCUUAAAUAUAUUAAACUCAAUGAUCAAUUUGUGCCUUUUACUAAAAUGAAUUUAAGUUAUUUAUUAAAAGAUAAUUAUGACAUUAACUUUGUAAAUCAAGUCUAUCAUUCGACGGUUGUAAGUUAUUCAGAAUUAAAAAGUGGUAACAUCGUGAUACCUGGAUCUGUUAGAAUUCCAUAUCAUACGAGACAGACAUUUAAAAAUACCGCUAAAAUGCUCGGAUUAAUGGAUGAUUUUAGAAGUGGAGUACCAAGAACUGGUUAUCGAGGUGUAAUCACAUUUUUCUACAAUAACAGACGCGUACAUCUCGCUCCAAAUACUAAUUGGAACGGUUACGAUAUAAGUUGGAACUAACACAUGAUUCCAAGUCACAUUCAAGAUCUUUAGAUAUAUAAUAACAUUUUAAAUUUUAAUGUUUGUGUUUUUAUUUUAAUUUUUUUAGAGUGAAUGACAACUAAUGAAUUUUUAAACUGUAAGAAUAUUUUAAAAAUGA